AUGAAAAAGUUGUGGUCCUCAGACCAGUACAUCCAAAGACUGUACCGGGAAUAUCUGGAGGAAGUGACCCGAAUCGAAACGGGCAAAGAUCAGGUCACCCUAGGCGACCUGGCGGCCUAUCUCAGCAACGAGAUACCAAUCGAUAAAAAGGCGUUCGGUUUCAGUUGUUUCACAAGACUACGCGAAGUAUGCAACAGUCUGUGGAAAAUCAAGUCCGCUCCUUUGCAUAAGGUGAAAAUUGUUGAGUUCGAAGGUGAAUUGGCAAUCUCCGUACAAGCAAUCGAGAAAGGCAACGAGAGAAUCUUUUACCAAAGAGAAUGUAAAAGAAACUCCAACAACUGCUAAAAGGAGAAGUGAAUGACGCUCUCUCUCACAGAUUCACGACCGAGAAAGUUGUGAAGAGUGAGGUAGUCCGAGUCAUCCAGCAGUAUCCUCAGUGCAACAGCUUUGUCAGAAAAGGUGGCAAAGUGAGUCGAGCAGCACACAAAUUUGUGCACAGAGCUCGCCUCAACUUGUUGUCGUGCAACUAUAACACGUACGACAACACAAAGUCAAAAGAAUGCAGAAGAUGUCAUUAUGAGAAUGAAACUCAGUGGCACAUCCUACAAAGUUGCACUUUCGGACUCCCGAAAAAAAUCACUGAAAGACAUGAUGCAGUGCUCAUGAAAGUGAAAAAACUCAUCGAAGCUGGUUCAAAGAAAGACUGGAAACUGAAAAUAGAUCAGGAAAUACCAGGAUUCACCAGACUUCGACCAGACAUCUACAUGAGAAGUCCAGAUGGAAAAGAAAUCAUCAUGGCCGAUGUAGCCUGCCCAUAUGAGCAUGGUGUGGAAGCCAUGAAAAGAAGCUGGGACAAAAAGGUUCAGAAGUACUCUGACGGUUUCAGCAAUCUCAAGGCUCAGGGCAAAAAGCUUACUGUCCUACCAAUAAUAGUUGGAUCUCUCGGAAGUUGGUGGAAGCCCACAACUGACAGUCUGAAAAAGUUGGGAAUAGAGGAUGCAGUGAUCCGUAAAGUGAUUCCUGAAUUGUGUUCUACAGUAUUAGAAUACAGCAAGAACGCUUAUUGGAACCACAUCUUCGGAGACUCCUACACUGAAAUUCCACUCAAAUUCGGAGACGAGAAACCAAAAGGCAACUCCUGGAAAAAGGAAAGAGCAAAACAUGCUCCGACCCUUCCAGGGGACGUAGCCGGGUUCGAAGUCAACAUGCCAAAAAGACCUGGCUCUGAAUGGACAUGGAUAGGACUGAAAACGAGACUGAUUAAUGGAAUGAGUAACCUGAAAAACCAAUCCAAAUUGAUCGAUAUUGUGAAUUUCCAGGAGAAAUCGCAAUAA